CUCUUCCCUUCUCUCUAUCUCUCUCUCUCUCUUCCCCUGCGCCCAACUGACCUGCCGCUCCCUCCCCUUCUUCUCCAUCCUUUCCUUCUUCCCCUUUCUGGGGCGGCCAUUGCAACCCCCCCGGCAUCUCCUUCCUUCAGCUUCAGCUACUGCCGCUAUCCUUCGGUUCCUACCCUUCCGUUGCCGCCAGCUGCUUUGCUGCUCCUUCCUCGGCUCCCUCACGCUGCUCCACCACCUCUCCGACCCUUUGCGUUUGCUGCUGCAGCCGGCAUCUCGCAGCCGUGGUGAGCCCCCGACACGACGUGCCUCCCCGUGUGCGGCCAAGACCCAGCCGAGCAAGCUCUCGGUGCUCCUGCGCCAUUUUGUGGCAGCCACGAGUUUGACAGCCCACAACGAGCUCUGUUCGCGGGCAACCGAAGACCCACGCGUGGAUCGUUCCAACGUUAGCUCGAAAGAGUGACUAUCUCGUUGUACAUACGGAUCGCAGCUACUGGCAGCUUGUAGCUCGUGCAGCCGGAGGCAGUACUACUUGCAAUAAGUGCGAGGCUCUGCUUUGCCCUUUCUCUGCAAUGACGAGCAUCUCCAAGAGUCUGAAGUCAGUAUGGAGCAAGAAACACAGCUUGCGCGAGGCUUUCGAGCAAGUUCUGCUGUUUGGGCUCCAGUGGGAGGACUUGGAGGAGCAUUUCGACUUCAUCGCAAAGUCCAUGGAUGAAAAGUUCGAGAGUCUCAAAGCUCGGGAGAGAUUGGCCAACGAGAGGCUUAGAGCUCUCGAGUCGAAGGAGAAGGAAGUUGCUGCUAUGAUGCAGAAGAAAGUGGAGGACAGCGACGUGGCUAUUCUCAUGAAGCAGCGAAAGCUGGAUUUGCUGCAGAGGGGGAUUGAUGAACGUGCGACUGAGCUCAAAAAGGAGGAGGAUGAGUUGCUUUCGAUGAGGGUUUCCGUCGAGGAAUACUAUGGGAUGUUCCAGAUGAAACAGCAGGAGUUGGAUGAACUGCAGAGGAUGAUCAAGGCGAGUACGGAAGAACUCAGGAUUAGGGAGGACAAAUUGAAUGUGGUGCGGAGUUCGUUAACAGAGUGUUCUGAGGGACUCAACGAGAAAACUAAGAGCUUGCAAUCCGUUCAGGACGCGCUCAGGGAUUGUUCUUCCGAGCUUGACCUGAAGAGAGAAGAACUGCAGUUGGUCCAGUGUGAUAUCGGUAAGUUUUCAAGGCAACUUGACUCCAAAAGUGAGAUUUUGAGAGCAUGCGAUGAGGCAGUCGAGAUGAAGAACCAGGAACUGCUUUCCCUGCAGAAUUCGACUGAAGAACGUGCAAGGGAGGUCGAGAAAAAGGAGAGGCACCUCAUUUCGAUUGGCAGGAUGAUUGAUGAAUGCGAUAAAGAGCUCAAGUCAAAGGAGAGGGAUCACGAUGCCAUCAUGAUGUCUAUUAAGUCAUCCUCGGCCGAACUCGAUGCAAAGAAGAGCAAAUUGGUAGCACUCGAAAAGUCUCUGAAAGAUCUCUCAGCAGAACUGAGAUCAAGGGAGCGCAAAGUCAAUUCUCUAAAGAUGCAAUCAAAAUGCUGCACUGAAGAAAUUGAUUCGAGGAAAGAAGAGCUCGGUUCACUCCAACGGACCAUUAAAAAAGUCGGAGGUGAUCUCGAGCUGAAAAGGAGAGAGUAUGCCGCAAUACAUACUUUGAUCAAGAACCACAGUGUUGAACUUGAAAUGAAGAAAAAACAGCUGAAAUCUUUGAAUACUUUAGUGGUUGAAUGGGGAGAAAAGGUUAAAUUCCGAGAGAAGCGGCACUCUUCAGUGCAAAAGUUAGUCACAGAAUGCUCGGAGGAACUCAUGUCAAAGCAGAUGCAACUCGACAUCGUGAAAAGAUCUAUAGAAGAAUGCUCUGAUUGGAGACGAGACGAAUCGGAUUCGAUAAGGGCAAGAAGGGAUGAAUGUGAUAAAGACAUAGAAGUAAAGAUGGAGCAGUGCCGCCUCCUCGAGGUGUCAAUAGUGAAACGAUCGGAGAUGCUAGCAGUGAGGGAGAAACAGUUGGAAGAUCAGCUUGGGGAAUUGAAGUCGCAACAGGAACUACUUCGACGAAUAGAGGUUGAACUGAGAGAGAGAUCUUACUCUGUCUGUUCUGAGGUAAAAAUAGACCAUCCGUCCGAUAAUUCCGCUCCCCUGAAGGAUGCAAUGGACUUGCAGUUGUUUCUCUGUGAGUUUCUGGGGAGGCACGAUCUCGCCCAACAGAAGGUUUUAGAUGUGAUUCAAUCGUCAUUCGACCCUGCAAAGCUAGUGUUAGAGGUAUUGCAACAAUUCGAAAUGCCGAGCCCAACAAACCGGGAAAGGAAAUUCAAUGUUAGCAUAACCAAGAGGAGCUGCUUGCUGCUGUUAAGGCACCUAAGUGAAGUUUCAGCACACAUUAUGCCACAGGUGACGAAAGCUGCCAUGAAUUUGGCCUUCCGAUGGAAGGCUCAACUGGGUCCGUCGACUAACAGUUCUUUCGAGGUGUUGGCUUUCUUAAAGCUUUUAGUGGUCUAUGAACUGGCCUCUGCCUUCUAUCCUGAAGAACUUGAAAAUCUCAUCGAUUCUUUAUCUGACCGCAAACAAGCAGAUGAACUACGGGAAGCCCUCGGUUUGUCAAGAGAGAUAACUGCCCAUCUCCCUCCUCCCGUCCCAAGGCUUCAUGUUCCACGACAAGGCAUGAAGAGACCGAACCUGCGUGGCCCGAAGAUUGACAACUACCUCCACGUCAAACCGCAACAUGUAAAUAAGCGUAGACGUUCGGUACAUGAGCGGCUUGGCCCUCAAUGCAGUGCAAAUUAGUCAUGCUUUCCGCAAAAUAAUAUAUUACACUAAUUAUAAAUAGUUUA